UUAAGCAGUAUAAAAGGACUCCGAGACCUAUGCCAGCUCCUUAAUUCUUGCUCCGAAGAAUCUAGGCAAGGAACCCUUCAAGCCGGCCGCCAUCAUGAAGUCAUCCAUCCUCGCGGGCAUCCUCGCCACAGGCGUCGCCGCUCAGAGCGGGCCGUACGGUCAAUGCGGCGGGAACGGAUACAAUGGACCAACAACGUGUGCCUCGGGCUACCACUGUGUCUACCAGAACGACUGGUACAGUCAAUGCUUGCCGGGCGCCGGCUCGACGACGCUGAGGACUACUACAACGGCUAGGGCUACCGCUACCAGCACGUCCUCAGCGCCUAGCACGAGCUCCUCGGCGCCCUCCUCCGGCAAGAAGCUCAAGUGGAUCGGCAUCAACCAGUCCGUCGCCGAGUUCGGCCAGGGCAUCUACCCCGGCACUUGGGGCAAGGACUUCUACUUCCCCUCGACUUCGACCAUUCAGACACACAUCAACGAUGGGUACAACAUCUUCCGCGUGGCGUUCGCCAUGGAGCGGCUGGUGCCCAACACCCUGACCUCGCCGUUCGACCAGGCGUACCUGAAGAACCUGACCGAGGUAGUCAACUUCAUCACCAGCAAGGGCGCGCAUGCGAUCCUCGACCCGCACAACUACGGGCGGUACUACGGCAACAUCAUCACGGACGUCAACGCCUUCGGCACCUUCUGGAGCAAGCUGGCCAAGCAGUUCGCCUCCAACUCGCUCGUCGUCUUCGACACCAACAAUGAGUACCACGAGAUGGACCAGACCCUGGUGCUCAACCUCAACCAGGCCGCCAUCGACAGCAUCCGCAGCGCGGGCGCCACGUCGCAGUACAUCUUCGCCGAGGGCAACUCGUGGUCGGGCGCGUGGACGUGGAACACGACCAACGACAACCUGAAGGCGCUCAGGGACCCGCAGAACAAGCUAUUGUACGAGAUGCACCAGUACCUGGACAGCGACGGCUCCGGCACCAGCGAGACCUGCGUCAACGCCAACAUCGGCGUGCAGCGCGUCGUCGGCGCCACCAACUGGCUCCGCGCCAACGGCAAGAUCGGCGUGCUGGGCGAGUUCGCCGGCGGCGCCAACUCGGUCUGCCAGACGGCUGUCACGGGUUUGCUCGACCAUCUUCAGGCUAACAGCGAUGUCUGGGCGGGCGCGCUCUGGUGGGCGGGCGGCCCCUGGUGGGGCGACUAUAUCUUUAGCAUGUUCGUACUAUUCUCCCCCUUCCAUCAUAAUCUCGUGCAGGUAGUUACUAGUAACCGAAUAGACGCUGACAUUUGGGUAGGGAGCCCCCAUCGGGUACUGGCUACUUGAACUACAACUCGCUGCUCAAGAAGUACAUUGCGUAGAGAGGCAAGGGGUUGACAGGAUUGAGAAGGAUGAUCAACCUUCCUGGGGGAUAAGUGACGCAUGCGAGCACCUUUGCUAUCGGCAAAGUACCAACUCUUCUUGUAUAUAUUUCGUCGUACCGCUGGAAACGUAUAUACUGGUUUAUAGCGUAAACGUACAUACCGUAGUCAACCUUUGUUUUCAACGCCUUCAAGCUCGGCAAAAAUAUCGUAGAUUGAUCCUAUCCAUUGAUCAUAUCUGCAUGGUGGAUAGCAUCGAAGAACGCGAGCCUCACCAUCUUUGUUCGCCAUCCCUUGUUCCUUCUGCAUCUCUUUAACGGCCGCCCUCAAAGCAGCUGUAACCCUCUGGGACACAUUCCUCGGGA